CGCGCGGAGCGGACUAUCCUCUUGCAUCACGCGUUCUCGGCUGUACAUCUACGACGACUUUACGACUAGAAACGCCAAGGCUGCCCAGUGGGGGACAUUCUUCAUUAACGAAGCCACUGCCGGGGUUUGUGCAUUGUGCCACCCUCUGACCAUCGCCCAACAAAGCCACCAAAGAUCGGAACUUAGAGCGCACAACGGGCCACCCGUAGGGGUGUCGCCUAUAUACCUGGGCGUGUAGCCCUUUCAUUCCCGUCUUUCCGCUCACGAUGGCCUAUGGUCCUGCAUCUCCUCGUGAUGCGCUCGUUGCUCGCCGGCAGCGCUCUGUCAAGGCGGCUCGCUUUGCCAAUGCCCCUUACCACCGCCCCAAAUUCAGUGGAAAGGUUGGCUUGCACUCCGUCCAUACACAUGCCAAGAUCGAUCCAAGAUCGAUCCCGCGCUCUGACGACAGCCCUGCCUCCAAGGUCAGAUGGACGACCAAUGGCUGGUGGUCUCCUGUGGACCACUCGCAUGACCUGCAUAUCUCUCCAUAUCCUCCGAUAAGCCCUUGCAACGAACUCCAUCCCGCGACGAAUGGCCGUUCUCCGCGGCGAGCUCGUUCUAUCCCUCCGCUGCCGAUCGGAGCCGGUAGACCCAGCCAACAUCACCCUUCGCGGGACUUUGCUCGCCUAAGACCUUUCUCGGAAUGGAUUGUAGACUACGUGUGCGCGCAGACUCGGAGCGGGCUUCUUCCCUUCGGCUUCUCGCAUGAUCCUACGAACGACAUGGCAUGUGCUGUCGAUCGCAUUUACUUGGUUUUGUUGGCAAUGCCAAUGGAACUAUCUUGCGUUAUCUACGCCAUCUACUACACCCUCACUAUACUGCACAUCACGUCACUCUUACCUCCCGCGGACGCAUACCCCUUCUGGGAGGCGCUUUAUCGGGGUGAGCCUCUCACGCUGGAGGAACGGAUUGUCAAGAUGGUCACAGUUGGGAUGGUGCUGGCGGACAAAUGGCUGAACUGUUGCACGUACCGCAUGUCCGAGUGGUCCAUGAACACCCGCAUUUCGCGAGAAGCGCUCAUCGCUUUGGAGAGAGCUGCGCUGAAUAUUCUCAAUUACGAGCUUUCGGUCACGGACGACGCCUACAGUCGGUGGCUGGGUCAUCUAAUUCACUUCCACGUUGAGUCCUCGCACCUUGCGGACACGCCGCACAGAAUCGUCGGUUCCAUUCUUGGAGAAGUCAUCAGUGCUUCGCGGAAUGGUUUAUUGUCGCGACCGGAUGAAGUAGCUCUACCAGCGCCGUCGGAAUGGAAUCCCUCCGCUGAUCCCAUUCUCCCGAAGGAGCAUAUCCGCACUCGCAGGUCGUCGGCAUACCCCGUCACAAGCCGCCACCUGCCUGUCUACGGUCGCUGCCCGAUCAUACCUCAAAUUGCGGCCUCCAGGCGCAUUGAAGGCACAUCUGAAGAUCUCAGACUCUGGCCCACGUCCUACGUAUAUCCCGCGAGCUCAUAUCCCAUCGCAAGCCCUACAUACAGAGCGACCAAGGAUGAGGAUAUCCGCAUGCUUAUGGACAACUAUCCAACGGCGGUCAGAUCGGCGCUGAGCAGGACGCGGCGACGAUCAGGAGAGCGCAUUCCCACCGCCCCUAUACCCCACCUCGCCGCAGCCCUAUGGAGAGGCGGAUACCUGAUCGGGGCUUAACAUCUCCAUCGAGGGCCGCGCUCGCACACAUCUCGCAUACAUGCUCCCCUCCGCACUCGUCAUUCUCGCCGCCCGGCGAAGUAUGGCCCGCACCAGUAUCAUGAGGAAAUCCGGUAGAUGGUGGAGUCAAUUGUACGAGUACUCCCGGCGAUUGGGUUUGCGCGACCUCUUUGUUCUGUCUUUUCUCCCGAUUAGAGUAUAUCAGCACGGGCAAAGUGGAGCGGAUAUGCACUGCAUGGCAGGCUUCCGCGCAUAUCACUGCCUACUGUGACGAACUUUUAUU